AUGGCAUGGUUUUCUACUCGCUGCCAGCAAGUUGGAGAACACAUGGAUGAAUAUCUUCAAGAUUUAAAACUUCUUAGCAAAGAAUGUCAUUUUCAGGUGGUGACAGCUACUCAGUAUUGUGAGGAGUCUAUUAGGGAUGUAUUUAUUAGUGGCACACAGCCACCAUUAAUAAGGCAGCGUUUAUUAGAAGAUAAAACUCUUGAUUUAGCAACCAUGUUUGACCAUACUAGGCCAUUAGAGUCAGCCCAGAGAGAUUAUGAAGUUUAUUGUACCACCCCACCUUAUCAAGUGGUAAAUGCGGAGACACCUGAACGAAGACCCUCUAGUCCAGAAGUUUUAGAGGAGCCGGCUCCCGUGAUGACAGCUGUUACUGCUAGAUGUUUGUUUCUUUUGUGGUUUUUCAAAGCACCCCAUCUGAAAUGUCCAGCACGAGAGGCGUCUUGCCACAAGUGUCAAGAGAGGACACUUCCCUAA